AUGAAGUACUCAGCUUUUAGGACCUCCAUGAGGUUUGCUGCCAAAUUCUGCGGCAACAACAACUACAAGCUCUACCUGAACAGCGUGCCUCAGUUUUCCACCUUCGCCUAUGGGAAGCAUCUAAAAACCAACCCCCUCACGAACAGACUUGACGAUCUGCUAAAGCGGAACUCCACGCUGAUCAGCGCAAUUAGCAUUAACGGACUGGAUGACUUAAUCACGCAGUCGUCGAAAAUUGAAUCGAUUUCAAUGGCAGAUUGGCUACUCAACUUAGUGGAAGAAUAUCAAUCCCAAGACAGAUGUAUACAUUUUAUGAACACUAAUUCUAUCACGUGUAAAUAUGACCACAAUAAGGUUAGCACUUUUUAA